CGGGACACAGGACGCGGGGGUGAGCAGCAUCUCUUGCGCUUGUGUGCGUCACAGAGGACGCGCACGCCCGCCCGCCCGAAGAGCAAUAACAGCAUUUUCAGCGACAUCGCUCGAUAAACGCCAUGCAGAUAACACGGGAAAAUGAAACGGGACUGGCACGCCAUAGAAUGUAAGACAUUUGUCGUGUAUCUGAUCUCCUAAUGCUUCCUACAAUAUAUAAGUAACAAGAUUCGGGACGUUUCAACACAAGUCACCAGAUCUCAGGGAAUCAUCAAGUGUUAAUCGUCAGAUACCCCGAUACACCCGAGCAGCAUGCCAGAGCAGAGUAACGAUUACCGGGUGGUGGUGUUCGGAGCCGGGGGCGUGGGCAAAAGCUCCCUGGUUCUGCGCUUCGUAAAGGGCACUUUCAGGGACACCUACAUCCCAACGGUGGAGGACACCUACCGGCAGGUGAUCAGCUGCGACAAGAGCGUAUGCACUCUGGAGAUCACCGACACCACCGGCAGCCACCAGUUCCCUGCUAUGCAGCGUCUGUCCAUCUCCAAAGGCCACGCCUUCAUCCUGGUCUACUCCAUCACCAGCAGGCAGUCGCUGGAGGAGCUCAAGCCCAUCUACCAGCAGGUGUUGGCCAUCAAAAGCAACGUAGAGAACAUCCCCAUCAUGCUAGUGGGCAACAAGAGCGACGAGACCCAGCGAGAGGUGGAGACCAAGGAGGGCGAAGCUCAGGCCAACAUCUGGAAAUGCGCAUUCAUGGAGACGUCGGCCAAGACCAACACCAACGUCAAGGAGCUUUUUCAGGAGCUGCUGAACCUGGACAAGAAGCGUGACAUGAGCCUGAACAUGCGCUCCAGCAAGCAGAGACGUGCGGAUAAGCUGAAGGCCAAGUGCAGUGUGAUGUAGGAGAUGGCAGAAUACACCAUGGCAUGGCUCGACGCGUAACUGACUCCUCAAAAAUGUACAUAAGUCCCUCACCUCCUCUCUCAGUCUCAAUCAGGUAACCUUUAGUGUGCAUCCGAACCGUCAACCGUCUCCCCGUUAUGUUUGGCUCCUGUAGUGACUCUGUGUACGAGACUUGAUGAGCUGACACGUCAAGCAGGAAGGACGUCCCAUGACUAUCACACAUGCAGACUUGAAUUCAAGACAGACCAAAAUCAUCAAUAUGGCCCUUUUGACGCGAGGCUGUGUCUUUAACGGUACGGUGUUGAAAUGCAGACAUGAACGUCUUGAACUGGUUCUGCAUCGGAAGCAAUUCUCAUCCAAAGAUGGAAAAGCACAGCUCGAGAGGGGACACUAUCUGCUCUUCCAAAUUGCAUACUAUAGCAGCACAAAAACCUAUUAUGAAUUAGAAAACAAUUCGGGACGAAGGACAUUCUUAGCUUGCCAGCGACGUAACCUGGUAUAACAGAGUUAAGUGCGUAAUGCAUGCCUGACGAUAGAAAACUACCUUCAUAUUAAAUGUGUUUGAGAUCUUUUCAUCCAGAACAGAGCUAUAUCUUAUUAAAGCACAGUGAAUAAGUCCUAAAUGUGAUUAUUUAUAAAGGCUAUUUUUUGUGACGGGUGGGGGGGCUCAGGGAGGGGGCUGUCCGCCGGUGUUUCGUUUUAACAUUACGUUUUUCAAGUGUUGAUGGCACUGGAAAACCUUAAUAUAUGCAUUUCGUCAUCUAACAUAUAUCCUGUAUGUGAACUCUAUAUGUGUAUUAUCAGCACUAAUGAAAUCCCCUGUACAGACCAUUUUCUCCUGUCGGUGUCAAUAUUUCCUCCCAUAAUUUAACGCCAUUUGCUUUAGCAAUACAUGAUAUGAAAGCACUUUUAGAAUCUCGAGCACAUUCAAAACACAGAGCGUGAACCUUUACGAACAUGUUCCUGUCAAACGCGUUUACAACUUUACUGCAGAAACAGUGUUUAUUCAAUAAAUAUUAUGUGAGGGACCAGAAAAAUAAAGAAGCACAAACGUAAAGUAAA